AUGGCAGCAAAACAUCAUCCUGAUUUAAUUAUGUGCCGAAAACAACCAGGAAUAGCUAUUGGAAGAUUAUGUGAAAAAUGUGAUGGUAAAUGUCCAAUUUGUGAUUCAUAUGUAAGGCCAUAUACACUCGUACGUAUAUGCGACGAAUGUAAUUAUGGAAGUUAUCAAGGACGAUGUAUUAUUUGUGGAGGCACAGGAAUAUCCGACGCAUAUUAUUGUAAGGAAUGUUGUCUAUGUGAAAAAGAUAGGGAUGGGUGCCCCAAAAUCGUAAACCUAGGAAGUGCAAAAACUGAUCUUUUUUAUGAAAAUAAAAAAUAUGAAUUUAAGAAACAAUAA